UAUGUUAUGGUUAUAAGGCAGAUUGUUUCGUACAUACACCAUCACUCCAUCGUUUUGAUUAUGGUUACCAAAAUUAUACAAUGUAUCGUACCCUUCUAAAUGAAACAGAGUUACAUCGCCCACUUGCCAUGUGGAAAAAUUCACAGACUAGAUCACAACUAAUAAUAAAGCAAAUGUAUCCUUUCUUUUUUAUGGAUAUUCUGACUAUGAUCCUUUUUUAUUUUCGUUUCAGGAUAUGGAUCUGAUAGAAGUCUUAUGGAAGCAGGAUGUUGAUCUUGGAUUUUCUGUUGAAAAUGCAGCUCCAAAACCUGAAAAGCCAGAUGUGGAAAUUGAAAAUGCCACGCAUAGCACAGAUGAUAUCGAGAAGCUCAAGACCUUACAGGCAAUCAACAAAGAUAAAGAUGUUAAGGAGGAACCGGAAGAAGAUCCAGAUCCAUGGGCAGGAUUAGACUACACAAUCGACACCGAAACUGGUGAGUGAUUAUUGAAAAAAUACAUUA